AUGCAUAUCGACAAGCAUGUCGACAAGCUCUGCUUGGCGCCAGCCCUGCCGCAACGGGGCGGCCCACGGCUAAUACCACGGGUACUAGAGAAACACCUGCCCGAUCAGUGGAUGGCUUACGAGAGCAAAGCCACCCCUGCCUUGUUGCUGCAGUCGACAACAAAACGAGGUGCAUUCCAACGGCUGGCUGGGCGUUCAGAGCGCGCCGCCGACUUUGAGGUGCAAUGGGACGGUGACGAUGAUAAACGAAACCCCCAGAACUGGGCGGCGUGGUACAAGGGGAUGACGUUCGGCACCAUGUCGUUUGCGAUGCUCGUCGUGAUUCUGAACUCGACGUCGUACCCCAACAGCCUCCCCAGCAUCAUGGCCGAGUUCAAGGGCGAAACGCAGACGCGCGCGAACCUGGGCGUCAUGACCUAUUUCCUGGGCUUCGCCGUCGGGCCGCUGGUCCUGGCCCCGCUGAGCGAGAUCUACGGACGGCGACCCAUCUACGCCAUCUUUAUGCUCCUGUUCGCCGUCACCGUCAUCCCCAGUGCCCUUGCCCAUAGCCUGAACGACAUCAUCGGCGUCAGGUUCCUCAGUGGCCUCGUGGGGUCCGUGAUGCUGUCCUGCGCCCCAGGCACCAUUGUCGAUGUCGCCAGCGAAAAGUAUCGCGCUCUUGCCUUCUCCAUCUUCUGUAUCGCGCCGGCCGAGGCGCCCACCAUCGGUGCCGUGAUGGGCGGCUUUUCUUCCGAGUAUCUUGGCUGGCGCUGGACGAAUGGGAUCGUGUGCAUGCUGGCCGGAGUGGCAUGGGUCGUCAUGUCCCUCAUCCCCGAGACAUAUGCGCCUGUCCUUCUGCGCAGGAUGGCUGCGCAGAAGCGCAAGGAGACGGGCGACGACCGAUACUGGACUCGUUUCGAACAUAACCGGACAUCCCUGCCGGACUUGUUGAAGACAAACCUCUCUCGUCCCUUCGUUCUCUCGGUAACCGAGCCAAUCUUGAUAUUCUGGAACCUGUACAUCGGAGCUAUCUACGCCAUAUUCUAUCUCGUUUUUGUGGCCUACCCGAUUGUUUUCAAGCAGAUUCGUGGAUGGAACUCUGGCAUUGGCAGCCUGUCGUUUGCCGGUAUCGGCAUCGGGGCCAUGUGUACCAUCUGCUCCGAGCCUCUCCUGCGCAAAAUGGUCGAGGCCCACAAGCAUGACCCCAAGACGGGACGCCCUUCCCCGGAGGCGGGCAUCAGCAUCAUCUGCUUGGCAGCAUGUCUCGCACCGAUAGGCCAGCUCUGGUUCUCCUGGACCUGCGAGCCCGCGAGCAUCCACUGGGCUAUACCCAUCGCGGCUGGGAUACCCUUCGGGUGCGGCACGACCAUGGUGCUGAUAUACGGCAGUAGCUACAUCUCCGGCACGUACGGUCUCUUCGCUGCAUCGGCCAUGGUGGGCAACAACCUGAUGAAGAACGUCCUCGGCGGUUUCCUGCCACUGGCCGGGCCCGCCAUGUUCGGCAGGCUGGGCCCGCGGUGGGCGGGGACUGUCUUGGGGCUGCUGGAGGUGGUCCUGAUCCCCAUCCCAUUCGUUUUCUACUUCAAGGGCGCCGCGAUUCGGAACCGGAGCCCCGUUGUAGCGAAGCUCAAAGAGCUUCAACUACCCGCAAAACCCGACGUUAGCGCUGAAGAACCGAUUGUCUCCGAAAUCACGAAGCCAGUACCAGAUGUAGAUAUCACCACUGCAGGAAAGGAGGAUAGUGAGAAGUGA